AGGUGGAAGCUCAGAUUGUAGCUCUGGUGUGCAGGAUAAAGGACAAGUGCAGAGGAAAAGGAAGAUAUUUGCUUCACCACUGAGGAUUGAGACCACAUGGAUGGACUGAGGAUCGCUGUUGUCUACAAGGUAAUUAGAGCUGGAAAAUUAACGCUGCAGAAAGGUGAGUAUUGGGCCUGAACUUAGGCACAUGAUCUAGUCUCUUUUAGUAGUUAAAAAGUGCACGGAAUCAAGCAAAAAAUUGACCAUGAUAACCUUUGAUGUGACGUAGAAGAUGAGUUACUGUAAUUUCUGUCAUAGUUCAGUACUAUACAUCCAUGCUGCCAAAAGUGCACCACAUAAUGCUAUUUUUGCUCAUUGCAAAAAAAACAACUUUAGUUUGACAGUUUAUUCAAUGGAAACUAGGAAAAUACAGCAUGUGAUUACAAUUUUCCUAAAUUGCUUAAAUCAUAAGAUGUUUUAUUUGGAAUAGAACAGGGUGUAAAACAAGUUGACACCCCUGGAAUAGAAGAUAGAUUAAAAAUCUGACGUAUCCUUCUGCAAUUGAGUCAAAUAAUGUAAUAGAAAAUAAACCCUGAGCCAGACUUGCUGGAUAAUGUAUAUCCUCAAUUGCAGCAUUUGUGAUUUGUUCAUUGCAUUGUUUUACAUUGCGAUUUCAGUAAAAUGUUCAGCUCCAGUUCAAACAAGCUAAACACAUUGAUGUAGUGUGGUUUUUAUGUUAAGCUGUAAAAAUGGCGUUCAUGCAGAAGGACUGUUGCUACUGUAUCCAAAAGGGCUACAUUACAAAAUUGUGUGAAUAUGUUAAAGGGCACAAAGAGCAGAUUUGACUUGAAUUUUUGCAUUUUAGUGUGAUAUAAAUAUAACUGAAUGUCAUGCAUUGUCUGCAGCUACUUCUCAUUUAUAUUUACUAAUUAAUCCCUCUUGUGUAGCCUGCUGGAUAUCAGCUUCAUAUAGGCUUCAACAACCGUGAGAAACUUUACAUCCUCCCCAACCUAAAUGUCUAACAGCCUCCUCCUUUUCCUCCUUCACUGUGACCCUGAAGUGGGUUGUAGCCAUAAUUAUGGUUUUACGUCCACCACAGAGAGUGUGGGUGGGGAUGCUGCUAGCAUUAGUGGUGGUGGUGGAGCUUCCCGGGGCCUUGCAGAAGUGCAUCUUUGAUGAGGUUCAGGCUCAGGUCAGAGUGGUCAGAGCUGCACCCACAGAGCCCAGACUCAGAGCACCGACCGGGCAAAAGCACCUGAUAACCUCUGGACAACAAACUAGUCACCGAGGACAGUCAGUAAAACGGAGGAGCAUCCUGAGAGAAUUAGCCCCGCCUACUCUUGCCACUCCACAGCCAAUCAGGAUCCAGACUUGGGUUCCAAGAGAGAGUUGCGACCUAUCAGAGACUGAGAAAGGAAGGCUGGAGGCUGCAGUGGAGGAGGCUGUGAAGGUGGUGUCUUCUUUACUGUCAGUGAACAGAGUGCUGGGCCCGUUGUUGCUUAGCAGAGACAUCAACAAAUACUGCAAGUUCCUUUGGAGGAAUUCAAGCGCUGCCAACUACAACAGGUGUGGAAGAGCCAACAGCAACUAUAGAACUGAGACUUGUCUAGAUGUGACAAUCCCAGAUGAUCACUUGGCAGGAUGUGAUAUUUACCCAGAGGCUGAUUCAACUCGGAGGACUGUUCUCAGACCUGAAGGUGCAGGACUCAUCGACAUCGACUUUGUGCUUUACCUCCACAUACAGGCCACUGACAAGUGCAGAGCCGAGCCUAACGUGUUGGCCUACGCUGUCCACUGCCAGACAGGCACCCAUGGGCGACCUGUGGCUGGAGUGGUGGUCAUGUGCAGGGACAGACUGACCAGAGCCACAUACAGCCACCAGAGCACCGUACAGACUGUCAUCCACGAGUUGUUUCAUGCACUCGGUUUCUCUAAAGACCUCUUCAGCUCCUGGCAAGACUGUUCCUCCUCUUCUCAAGUGGGAGCUGGAUGUUCUCUUCGAGGAGAAGUGACUCACACUGAUGAAUCAGGCCAGAUGAGGAUUUACACCCCGUCCAUCAUUUCAGCCCUGCAGAAGCAUCUGGGGUCCACUGAUCCGGAGCUAGGGGGGCCACUGGAGAACCUGGGUGGAUCUCCAGGCAGGGUGUCCUCUCACUGGGAGUCCCGGGUCCUGCAGGGGUCCAUCAUGGCGGCGGUGCUGGGGGAUCCAACCGCAGUCCGGAUUGAUCCAGUCACCUUGGCAGCACUACAGGACACUGGAUGGUACACUGUCAGCCUGAGCCAGGCACAGAGUCUGGUCUGGGGAGACGGUGAAGGAGCCAUGUUUGGCUCCCUGUCAACCUGCCGAGACAACUCCUCAUCCUUUUUCUGCACUGGCAGUGGUUUAGGGUGUCAUUUUCUUCAUCUCCACAAGGGGGAGUGUCAGACUGAUCGAUACCUGGAGGGAUGUAGGAUGUAUAAACCCCUCAAGAAUGGAAGUGAAUGUUGGAAAAAAGAAAAUACCGGAUUAUCACCUGAAGAUGACGACAGCGGGGAGAUUUUUGGCUCCGACAGCCGAUGCUUCUUUUCCAGCCUGAUCAGACAGAAUCACAGUCAGUUUAUUGGAUUCAGCAGCUCUGUGGAGGGUCGGUGUUACAGACACAGGUGUACUGGACCAAACAGGUACCAAAUCCAGGUGUGUGGCUCUGGAUGGGUGGACUGUCCAGCAGGGGGCACCACAGAGAUAAAAGGAUAUGAAGGUUUAAUUUUCUGCCCUGACAGAAGGUUGUGUCUGUACCUUGAUAUUACUCCUCCAUCUACUUCUAAUGUGAGCAGCUCCAGUGAAAGUUCAGCCCAGAAUGUAAGCUGGUCUCCCCUCAGACCAUCAACAGAGUCCACUGUGGCCACAUCGCUCUGCUUCACUGCUGCUGUCUGUCUCCUGGCUGCACUGAUGGUGUUUUACAGGAAACGUUGCUCCUGCAAGGUCAGAAUCCACAGUGUGGCUCCAGAGGAUCAAAGUGAUCUGUAGGAAAACUGGUACCAGAGACUGACAAACAUGUGCAUGAGUAUUAUUUUAAUGUGAAAUGCAUUUGUCCAAACAGAUAAUGUGAUUUGAUUAACAAAUAGACAUAUAUGCAAAUACACAAAAACAAUAACCUCUCAAUGUGGAAUCUGAAACCAUAAAUUCAUAUACAAAUCUAAAAAUAAAAGUUAAUCAAAAGAAGUGUCAUCUGAACUGGUGAAAAAAACAAUAAUCUCCACUGCUCUUCUAUUGAGUGAUACAUUGGCAGUACAUCUACUGUAGACAUAUUAUAUAUUUAUACACAUACUCUAUAACGGAAGAGUUAAAAGGCACCAUAUCAGACUGUCAUUUAAAUAGAUUAUAAUGAGAUGUCAAACAAUCAUCUUGCUUUUAAUCAGUGUUUUGAAACUCAGAAUUGUGCUGCAUUUUUUAAAUUCAUCCUCAUGAUUGUUCCUUAAAUUCACCCCUUUCACUGAAAUGCUUUUAGUCAUUCAAUUCUUCCAAACAUGAACCUAAAUAUUUAUUUCAUUCAUUGUCCUCAAAAACUGAAAUAACCAGACAGUAAAUAUGUUUUGUGGUAAAUCACAUUCUUGCGAUCAUCUAAAAUACACAAUACUGCCGCAUAGGCAUAAAUGUCUAUAAAUGUAAAAUUACAGAUUUGAUUUCUUCACACAGUAUUUUAUUAAUAAGAUGUGUUUGAAAUCAGCCACCAAAGAGAGAAUAUACCAAGUGUGCAGAAUACUAAUAAUGGGAGAACCUUUAGUCUGCUUUUAAAUUAACUUUCUCAAAACACUUCCUUGUUGUUUAAAUAUCCCUAAAACAUACCGUCCAUGUCUACAAGUGACGAGCAAAAAAAAAAAAACCCCAAAAAGAUCUAAAAUGUGGUUUCAUUUUGUCAAAGACUAAUUGUGCCAUGCUACAAAACAAGCAACAGGAAACAAAGAUGCAAAACAAAUACUUGCUGGAAGUUCAGUAAUUAUUACUUGUUUAGUCAGAAUGAUUCAGAUGUUUGUCUGACUGACAGUUUCUUUUUCCAAAAUCCCCUUAGCUGCCUGCCUCGCUUCCUUUUGUCUGUUGUUGAAAUGAUUUUGGACCCAAAGAUAUUUUAAAAUUGUGGGGUUACAGUUAAUCCUUAAACUGAUAAACAAGCUAAUUCAGUGUUUCGCUGCAGUCAUCAGGGAGGAAUGUUAAAAACCCAGUCAGGCUGGUGAUGGUGGUUUGAUUAGAAAUGACUGUGACCUGAUUACACGACAGAUGUGAAACAGAUUUUUAAACUUUCCCAUUGUCUUAACUGAUACUAGUUCAGUAACCAUGGUGUUAUUUUAAGAAGAUGGAUGGAUGGAUGGAUGGAUGGAUGGAUGGAUGGAUGGAUGGAUGAAGGAGGCAGCUAACGCCUCAAAUGCUUUCAGAAGUACUUUUCACUGAAGUGUUUUUGAACUAAAAGAGAAAAUUUGCGGUCGAGCCACCAUAUUGGUCCAACUCAUCUGUCGGAUUGUCAAGCUGAAAGUGCGGUCACCUGACCAGGUAGUGGCCCCUGAAGCUCAAGCCUGUCAUGUGACAAUGUAGUGGCCCGCUAGUGACCUCCCACCAUCCGUGCUAUUUUCAGAUGCGGCGCGUUUACAUGCGGGAAAAACGCAUUUCGUGGACACGUACCGUUUGAGUUAGAGUUUGGACAAUUGAUUGUUGUUUUUUGAACCAAAUAAACGGACUGGCAUAUCCAACCAUAGUAGGUCACUUGCUGUAUUGUUUGUGGAAGUAAAGAACCGAGAAGCACGUCAACAAAGCCGCCAGUACAAAACUGGGACGGUGCAUCACCAAUAGUUAUAUUUAUUCACUUUAACUUGAUGCCUGCUUGUGAGAAACACAGAGAAAUGCAGUUAAAACUGUUUUUCACUAGAGGGCGACAUUGUGUUUCUAAAGUUCUGUAACAGUUGAAGAGCAGACAUUCAUUUUUACAUUCAUUUGUUUCCUGUCAGCCCCCACUGAAAGCGACUCCGGAUUUUACUUUAACCAUCUCAUAUUGCAAAGAAAGUCCCGCUAUUGGGUAUUUUUUGCUUUUUAUUUGUAUGUGUUUGUGCUCCUUCUUUAUACCUCUCGUUGAUUCAUUUUAAACGGUUUCAAAAAUACGUUAAUCCAACAUAUGACUUGUACAUUCUUGCAACAUCUAGAUGGCUGAUGCAUCAAUAAAUGGCAACGCCCAACAGCCUAAAGGUAGAAUUAUGAGUAGUUGGAAAUUUUCAAAAUAAAAGCAUUGGUUUGCGAACUCCUUAGGACGCUUAAUGUAGAAAACUAAUUAUGUGAUA